AUGGAGGACAGGAAGAGGCCUGCCGUUGGCAGCGCCGAUGACCUCGCUCCGCCAAGUAAGAGGGUUGCCGUCAAUGGAUCCAAGACCAAAGAUGAGGCCCCUGACAUGAAGGAGGAGAGCUGGAUUGAAGUAUAUACAAAGGGCGCCAUUUACCGUCAAAUGCAAGAAUAUAGUCGCAGGGCCGCCACGGCAGAAUCGCGAUUGGAAGAAGUACACAAACGAGCCGUACAUCAUGACGAUCAUAUAAGAAUAAUUGACGCCUGGUGGCAACAAGUUCUCGACGAAAUUGAGUUGCUAGCCGACGCUUCUGCUGCGACCAAGAAACUCGAGGGCCCUCCAUUUUUAAGCAGCGUUUCUUUCAAAGAUUUACAACACUUCCAAAGCCAUUUGCAGGACAAGGGAAAGGCCAUCGGGACCAAGACAGAAAAUCUACUUCAGCGAAUAGCCGCGCUUCGAGGGGAAGUUAAACCCGAGACGUCGGCUCUCGAAGGAAAAAUCACGGGGCUUCUCGCCGCUCAAAAGGAAUAUCUACUCAGAUUGGAUCGCCUCAAUAGCGAAAAGGAUGCCUUAUCAGAGCAGCUCAAUACUGCGACGCUACGUUAUUUCAAGGCCGAGAAAAAGCUGGACCGCGCCAAGAGUUCACAAGUGCAGAAGUUGGAACAGCAAGCAUUCGCAAACGCCACACGACCACCCUCCGCCACCAAAGAAGGCUCAGAAGAGCCAGUACCUUCAAUUGGGACAAACGCAGAGCUUCUCCUCAAGUAUGAGGAAACCACUGCCGCCGCUGCCAAGCAGAAAGAACAAUUGGACAAUCUCUUUAGGGAAAUACGAACCUUGCAAGACGAGAACUCGACAUGGAAGGCCAAACGCGAAUCCUGGUCAGAUGAGGAUUUCAUCAGGACGGACGUCUUUAAGCAAUUCAAGGGUCAAAAUGAAGAGCUCAUUAAGCGUAUCAACAAUUUGGAGGCGACAAAUAAGCAGCUUCGAGAAGAGGCCGAAAAGCUACAGUCUGAGCGAACGACGUUUCGAACACAGCUUGAGGCUGAUGCCAGCCAAGUCACUCAAGAAUUGGAGGCGGACAUUGCUGCAAGAGAUCAAGAUCUCGCCCGUGUUCGAUCUGCGCGAGAUGAGAUUCUUGCCGAGAACACGCAACGAAAGGCCAGCAUGGAGCAGGAGAGGCAAUCACUUGAGAACAUGAAGGAGCUCGUGGCCGCCAAAGAAGACCGCAUCUCCGCUCUGGAGUCGGAAAUUGCGAGGCUGAAGCCUUCAGACGCUGAGCAAUCAACAGCAGAUAUUUCGACAAUGACUGAGGAUGAGCUUCGACAAAGUUACAAAAAAUUGGAAAAGGAUUUUCAGGCCAUCAACGACGAACUACCUUCGAUAGAGAAGGCGUUUAAGAGGAUGAGGGAUUUGGGUCAGAAGAGGGUUAUGGACUUUGACGGUCUAGAGGAGAAGAUACAGCUUCUCAUUGCCGAAAAAAACAAAGCGGAUCAAAAGUACUUUGCGGCGCGCAAAGAUGCCGAUACGCGAAAUAAUGAAAUCCGAUCCUUGCGCCAUCAAAACAGUAAGAGCGCGGAGAUUAUUGCUCAAUUGAAGGAAUUAGAGUCGCAGAACCGCACAUUACUCGGCAACUUGGAAAAGCAAAUGGGCGAUUUGCGUCUAACAAACGCAACUCUGGUUUCAGAGAAUAAGAAGAUGGAGUCUGCCACACUUGAAGGAACACGCCGGAUCGAGUCUUUGAAUAAGCAGAUUACCGAUCUUACGAGCUUGGUAAAGUCGAAAGAUUCAGCAUCGGCAAUUGUCAAGGAGAGAAAUAUCCAGCAAGAAGCCGAGGUGGAAAAGCUCAAAGUGCGAAUUGAGCAUGCGCAAAAGGACCGGGACAACUGGAGAAGCAAGGCUUUGAGCAAUUCGUCGGAAGAAGAGGAGAUGCUGCGAACGUUUGCCCUUUGCAGCAUUUGCCGAAACAACUUUAAGAAUACGGCGCUCAAGACUUGCGGUCAUCUCUUUUGCAGCAAGUGUGUGGACGACCGCAUCAGCAACCGCAUGCGCAAAUGUCCUAGCUGCUCGCGCGCCUUUGACAAAAUGGACGUUAUGCCUGUACACCACUAA